AUUGGUUCCUUCAUACAGAUUAUAUAGAAAUAGAUUGGAGAAAAUAGCUGUGGUAAUAGUAUAUCUUAACUAUGGCGCCCACAUCAUCAUCAUUCUCUUCCAGCCAUACAAAUGGUGAGCAUGGUUAUGCAGAAAUUGAUUGGGACUCUUUAGGAUUUGGCCUAACACCCACUGAUUACAUGUACAUGCUGAAAUGUUCUAAAAAUGAGGAGUUUACAAAUGGCAAACUUAUUCCUUAUGGAAAUAUUGAGCUCUCUCCUGCGGCUGCUGUCUUGAACUAUGGCCAGGGUAUUUUUGAGGGACUGAAGGCAACGAGGAGAAAAGACGGGAAGAUGGUUUUAUUCAGACCAAAUGAAAACGCAUUACGAAUGAUAAAAGGUGCUGAAAGGAUGUGCAUGCCUUCUCCCACUGUUGAACACUUCAUUGAUGCAGCAAAACAGACUGCUCGUGCUAAUAAACGUUGGAUUCCUCCUCCUGGGAAAGGCUCAUUGUACCUUAGACCUCUACUUAUAGGAACCGGACCUAUUUUGGGACUGGCUCCGGCUCCUGAGUAUACAUUUCUUAUUUACGCUUCUCCUGUUCGUGCUUAUUUUAAGGAAGGGGGCACAGCUUUGAACUUGGUUGUUGAAAAUGAAUUCGAUCGUGCUUCUCGUGGUGGUGUUGGUGGAGUAAAAUCAAUUACCAACUACGCACCUGUCUUGAAUGCUAUGACAAGGGCAAAGAAGAAGGGAUUUUCAGAUGUCAUUUAUCUUGAUUCUAUUACUGGAAAAUAUAUAGAGGAGGUCUCUACUUGUAAUAUUUUUAUGGUUAAGGAUAAAAUAAUUUCAACUCCGCCAACAAAAGGCACAAUUCUUCCAGGGGUGACAAGAAAAAGUAUAAUUGAAAUUGCUAGAGAAUAUUAUGGUUUUAAGGUUGAAGAACGUCAAAUUGAAAUAGAAGAAUUGAUGAAAGCAGACGAAGCUUUCUGCACCGGAACUGCUGUUGCGGUCGUUCCUAUUGGUAGCAUUACAUAUCAAGACACAAGGGUAGAAUAUCAGACAACCGACAACAAUGACUCAGUUUGUAAGAAGCUAUGUUCAACAUAUGCUGCUAUCCAAAAUGGAGAGAUUGAAGAUAAGAAGGGUUGGAUAGUAGAAAUUAACUAAGCUCAUAUAAACCCAUCUUAAUCGGUGAAGGCAUCGAUUCAUCACCAUAAUGUAAUGUUAAGUACCCAAUAUGAUUGAUUAUGCUAUGCUACUUUAUUUAAUUUGUGUUCUUUUUUUUAUUCUAAUAUUUGUGCUUGAGUUUGAGAAAGGAUUUUAGAGAAAUAGAACUGAGUUGUGGGCUUGUGGCUUUUGUCAAGAAGAUUAAUUUAGUUUAUCUUCUUGACUUAUACGCAAUACUCCAUUCUCCGACGAAUUAAAGAUAUUUUUUUGUUUAAGAUUAUAUUGAAUGACAAA